AUGAAAAUAGCAGGACAAAAGCAAAAAUGCAUGUUUGUGCUGUUUGGCGCGAUGAUGCGCACAUCUUUUUGCUCGGAUAAAGAGGUGUGCAGUUGCGUGUCUGCAGAAAAGCCCCUUAGGUGCCCGAGCCCGAGCGCUGUGGAGAAGCACGCGCAGGAAACCCCAUUCUCUGUGGGCCGGUCAAAACGCACAGCGAGAUACACAAAAAACCCGCUGCAAAAAAAAAUAGUCUCUGCAGAGCACCAGCUAGCAAAACCGUCGUUCGCUCUAAAGAGCGCCCGAAGCAGAGCUCCUAGCCCGGGCGCCCUAAAAGGCUCCAGAGAAAAGCACUCCGUCCUUAAACCAGGACAUGCGCGGCAGAGCCCGGUGCUGGAGUUUCUUCUGGGAAGCGCCGCUAAGAACAGAAGCCCGCCCGAGGAAAAGUACCACCUUCUGCUGGAGGCCGAGGCGCUUCUGGCAGGCAUUGAAAGCUUUGAGCAGUCUGGGUGGAAGCUUGAAGGGAGUGGCCAGGCGCUUCUGGAUCUUUUUGAAAAAACCGAAAACAUAGUCCAAGCCCUGCACGGGGUGUUUCUCUGGAGCCGGGAAGAGGUGCAGAGCGCCAUUCGAUUUUUUGAAUGCCACUUCCCAGAUGCCGGAAAUCACAGCGCACAAAGCACAACCGAGCAGAAAGGCGCUAUAUGUUCCGAGAGCACAGCAUGCGAGCUUAUCCAAGCGAUGGAAAAAGCCGUAGGCACAGCAUGCGGCCCCGGGCCCCUGCCCUCCAUUCUCCUGAAAAACGAUAUGAGCAGCCUGCGCGCGGCCAUACAGAGCCUCUUCACAAUUUCAGAGGUGUUCAGCGACUUCUGCAGAACUAGCAAAGACUUCAUUGCCCAAAUGCACCAGAGACAUCUGGAAAACCAAGCGCUGAAAAAAAAGCUGCAGCACCUCUUAGAACAAUGCACAGGCACAAAAGUCGAGUUUGCUGCUUUUUUUGGCACACUUUCUGCCCUGCAGGAGAUGGCAAGCAUUAUGUCUGCGCAUGGAGGAAGAGCCGCGGCCACAGAAAGCUACAAAGACGCGGUAAGCACGGCCUGCGCCAAAGUAGAACACGCGCUGUGCAAGCACUGGCUCUGGAUGCACGUGUAUAGAAAGGACUCAUGGUUUGCGCAUGCCCAAUACGCUUUUCUGCGCCAGUUUGUGGCCAUUUUCUACCAUAUAUGCCCGCCGUGUGCGGGCAAGCCGCCUCUAGAGGGAAAAAGUCGCAUUUUUCUCAGCGAAUACAUAAAAGUCUUUUUUAUGGUAGAUAAAGAGGCUGGAACAGCACAGUUUUGGCAUAGAAAAAGCCUUCUGUGCAACAGUCCUAGAAGGGCGCCUUUUCAAGAAAUGCACAUGCACCAUGUAUACUACAUGGACAACGAGAAACAGGCGCGGAAAGUUGUGGUUUUGCCGACACAGGCAGGCGUUGGCCUGCGGUGUGCGCACAUUAUAGCUUACAUUUCGGCGCUCUACAGCAAGCCGAAGCAAAACCUGCAUGUGUUUGCGUUUAGCCCGAAAACCCGCACAUGGUCGUACAGAGACCCUGAAGCCACCGCAUACGCAGCGCCCUGCAGCGCAAGCGCUGAGAUUUUGGUGUUCUACUACAUCAAGGAGGCAGACUCUCCGGACGCCCAAACAAACCUUCUGCUUGCAGAGUUUCGCUCCUUUUCUGACUGCAGGGAGCCAAAAGACACCAGAAUUUUGCGGUUUCCUCUGUUUCUCAACGAGCUGUUUGCGGGGGUAUUGGCGCACUUCCAGGUUGGGUAUGUAUGCGAAAAGUGUGCAGAAGCAAGACCUGCUCGCAUCCGGUCCCUGCGCGACGUGGCGGGCGCCACUCCACACAUUUAUACAGCCGAGCCAGGGAACGGAAAAGACUACUACGCACAAAACAGCAUGCGCAUUGGCGAGCAGGCAGAUCACCAAGACUUAGAGCUGGAGAUUGCAAACGCCACUCUUUCGCUUGAAAAAGGAAAACCAGCCCAUAAACGUUCUAGCCUGUAUAUAUACACAUACCAUAUACGGAGCAUAGAGCUGGGCAAGCACAGCACCAUAUACAUGAAGAAGAAUUUGCACAACAACCUGUCCUUAAGCAGCUCGAAGAUGUUUGGCUGUAACAAAAUACGAACAAUUGCGGUUAACAGCAAGUGUGAGAACGAUUGGGCGGUGAUUUGCCUGGGCGACUCGCGCAUGCAAAGCCCGAAAAUCUCCAAAAUACUUUCUGGGGAAGGCCUACUCGUUCCCACAUAUGCAAUAUUCAGCCCAGACUGGCAGCAGGUUCGCAAUCAACUGGGGAUAGUUGGGUAUAUGCUUGAGUACAUGCUGGAGAAGCCAGCUGCGCACAGUAAAUAA